GCCGGGGAGGUGUGCUGUGGGAGCAGGCCGUGUGGGGAGUGGGAGCCGGCAGUGCGCCCGGAGCCGUGGCCCGGGGGUGCAAACGAGGAGGGUAGGGCGAGGCGCAGAGCUGCGUCUAACGGUCCCUGCGGGCCCCGCAGCUGUACUCCGCGCCGCGGGGCCGGAGCGCUACUGGGGACCGGCGCGGCGUCCGGCUCGGGCCUGCUCGGCGUCCCGCUCGGCUCGGCUCCCUAUUCGGCUCUGCUUCGCUCGGCUCCCUGCUCGGCUCGGCACCCCACGCGACUCUGCCGGCGCACAGGAAGGAGUUGGGAAGCGACAGAUGAUGAGCGACGCCGCGCUGCUCCCAGACGGUGAUCGAGAGCGCCCCGAAGACUAAUGAAGAAAAUCAACAAGAACGUGGUCCUGGCGCUCCUUUCUCUGACCAGCCUGGUUUUCCUCCUUUUCCAGUUGUACUAUUACAAGUUCUACCUGUCGCAGAAGAAUGGUGCAAUUUUUUCCAAGGUCAGAGGAAGCCAAUCAGGCCAAGACAACACUAGAUGGCAUGUGGUUAAGAAGUUCCUAGAUUUAAUAUCCAGUCACAAUAUACCAGUGUAUUUGAUUGAUCCUUUGAUUCUGGGACUGGUUGAUAAAGACAUCGAACAGAUCAGAAGUUCUCUUGACGUCCCUAGUCCAGAAUGCAAGUACUUUUGUGCUCCAAGAGACUUUACAACAUUUGCACUGCUGGACAAGACGUGGAAACAUGAAGUGGGCCUUUUUAGAACUGCUGAGAAAAUGGGGUUCCAGUGGCUAAAAAUUAUAAACAAGGACCCUCGCUUGGACGGGAUGGAUGACCUGUCAGGGGUUGAAAUUCCCUUGCACUAUAUAUUUAAACUGGCAUCUCAUGCCAUUCACCUGGUGGUCUUCUAUGAGAGGAGUGGUAAUUAUCUCUGGCAUGGCCCUCUGAGACUCAAGCAACAUAUGGACAGAAAGUUUGUGCCUUUCCGGAAACUCCACUUUGGUCACUACCCUGGAGCAUAUGAAAAGCCAGAACUUCAGCUUGUUUCCAUUGAUGACUUAAAAGUUCAAAUUCCAAAAAACCCAUACAGUUUUCUGGAGGAGAUAUCACAGUCUAGAUUUCUUGAAUGUAGGUACAGAGAAGCUCGGGCUUUCUUUCAGUUGUAUCCUGAUGAUGCCUCUCUUGAUGUGGUGGACUUCAGAAAAAAGGCAAAAUCCCUGCUCCAUCUGGCUGUCUUGACACUUAAUAACUUAGGAGUAAGGUUCUGGUUAAGCAGUGGAACAUGCCUUGGCUGGUAUAGACAGUGCAAUGUCAUUCCUCACAGCAAAGAUGUGGAUUUGGGUGUCUUCAUAAAGGACUACAAAGCAGAUAUCAUUCCAGCCUUUCAGAAAGCAGGGUUACCACUGAAGCACAAAUUUGGCAAGGUAGAAGACAGCUUGGAGCUCUCUUUCCAGGGAGAAGAUGGUGUCAAACUUGAUAUUUUUUUCUUCUAUGAAGAGGAUGACCACAUAUGGAAUGGAGGAACACAGGCCAAAUCGGGCAAGAAAUUUAAGUAUCUAUUUCCAAAGUUUACUCUGUGUUGGACUGAAUUUGUAGAACUCAAGGUACAUGUGCCCUGUGAGACUCUUCAAUAUGUUGAAGCUAACUAUGGCCCAGACUGGAAGGUUCCUGUGAAGACAUGGGACUGGAAAAGCUCGCCAUCCAACGUGCAGUACAAUGGUGUCUGGCCUGUUGAUGAAUGGGAUGAUGUAAUUCAGAUCUAUUGACCAUCUGACUUCUAGCUGAGCAUGCCUGCUAUCCUUGAAACUGUCAUGUCAUGUUUGUAUUUUCUUAUUUCCCAAAAGAAAUCAAGAUUCAUUUUUUUGUAACCUCUCAUCUGUUUCCUAAGGAGACAUUUUCUGUUUUUUUGCUUAACAGUUUGGUUUUUUUCACCUUCAUCCUACAUUUUCUGCAUAGUUAAAGGAAAGGAUUAAAGGCAACUGAAGAGAAAGAGAGCUGAAAGAAAAGCUGCACAAGGCUAAUAGUGAAGAAAUGUUGCAGUAAGCUUGUGGGCAGUUGACUAUGUAAAGGUGAACAGUGGCCAGGUGCUUUAAACUUUUCUGGGAUCAUAAAGAUCUUGGAACUGAUCACUUCUCAAACUCAAGAUUGGGAUAGGAUAGAAAAGUGCCAGAGUAGUUCCUUUUCUUUCAGAGAGGAGCCUGUGAAAAGACUCAACUUUUAAACAUAGAAUUACAAUUAACUCAAAUGUACUUGAUUUGAGACUCGUACAUCCUACGUGCAGCAGGUUGGUCUUGGGAUUUGGAAAGUUUCUGUCACACAAAACCUGUUCACCCAAGUGCUUUACAUAUAGGAGGUAUUCAAUGACAGUGUAAUACUAAAUUAAUAGACAGAGUAACUGUCUGCAUUGGACACCUGCCAGUAACAGCUGGAUUUUUUUGCUAACUAACCACUACAUGGAAUUAUGACUAGGAAUGUUGUGUACUUUUUUUUUUCUUAAUUUUUUUAA